UGCUAACUCUAGCCGCAUACACAGAAUAAAGAGUAGGAGGACAAAAGCAAUUGGUGCGAAAACCACAAGCAUUUUCAGACAAAAUAGUGUGGAAAUAGAAUUUCCAUAAUAAACAGAGACUAGAUCACAAGGCCAAGAGACAUGCCCCCUCAGUCUUCAGGUUGUUUACUUGAAAGUUUUGAUGGCAUGAGUGGAGUCGGAAAAAAGAAAAUAAGGUGAUCGCCAGGAGGAUAGGCGGCUACGGCUCUAUCUCUGGCCCCCGACAUUGGUAUGAGCGACUUCCCGCAGAGGUCCGCACUUCGGUAGAUGCUGCUAGCUUUGGGCCCUUUUGCUCCGGGUUUAUCCAGAUGAGGGCUGAGUCUCGGCUUUAUGGGUCCUUGGUAGAGAGAUGGUGGGACACCACCAGCUCAUUUUACUUCUCUUCUACCGGAGAGAUGACACUGACCCCAUAUGACUUCUUGAUAUUGAUCGGUUUGCGAGUUGGGGUUGGCGGCCUAGUCCCUUUCGAUCCAGAUAUGACUCAGUGGAGAGAUGCACAGCUCCAACUUCUUGCGGCGAUCCCAGACACUACCAGCCACAGGAUGGUGCGCUACAGCUGGUUCUUGGAGCACUUCUCCGGCACACAGCCAGCCACUGCUGACGAGGUUGCCCAGUACACUCGUGGUUCCUCACAUAUCUCCUCAGCACUACCCUGUUUGCAAAUAGGGAAAAUACCAUGAGAUUAUACAUUCUAGGAGCAUUGGUGCAUCUUCCUCGGAUAGCGGAUUGCGACUGGGGUGGCGCAGGUCUAGCCACCUUAUACUGUUACACAUGCUCCGUUUCCCACCGUAAGAUGGAUUCACUCGGCGGCUACUGGAGGGUUUGGGAGUUCCAAUGAGGCCGGUUGAGUUGUCUGUACCCCGCUCUCAGUAUUACAACUCACGGUUCGAGCGACGUCACCUUGUAGAUCGCACCUUCCCAUAUUUCCACCGUUUCUUUGACACUAUCACAGCUGAUCAGGCAUUCCCUAAGUGUCGAGGGUGACCUACACCGCUGCCUGGCAUGCUUCCACGAUGAGGAUCUGUUCGAGGGCCUUUUUGGCUGGGCAUACUACCUGGGAGAUUGAUUCAUCCGCUAGACUCGGGGCGUUGCUGACCCUGAUAUUUCGCAUCCUCCUUCUGUCGGCAUGAGGGUGGUAGAUGAUUUAUAGGAUGGUCCUGAGCUGGACCACUUGAUGAUAGGUGAGGACGGCGAUCGUCACCAUGAGCCCGGCGACUUCACUACUUUCUUACACACUCGGGUGAUGGCACCUCUUACUCCAGGCGUGGCUCGAGCUGUACCAGAGGUUGUUGUUGCUCUUGCUGCCGGGGCUGGCGAUAUGCUUAUUGGAGGUGCCUCUGCCGUUGCUCCCAUUCCUGGAUUGCUUUUGUUUCCCACCGAGAUUAUGUACAUGCGUCCAGAUGGAGUGAUUAAUCAGAUUCCACUUGAGCCCGUCGAGGAGAGGGACCGCAAACUUGUGUUUGCCCUUGGCGUUGAGCAGAUUCCCCGGGCAUAUGGUGACAAGCUCCUUCAGACGAUUGACCGACUACUCAUCAUGUUACGGAGGCGACAAACUUUCUUAGUCACCCACGGGAUUGAGAUGACUGCUGGAGGGUUGGCCAUUGAUAAAAUGAGUGUUUGGAAAUAUACACACAAUCAAAUUGACCUUGAUGUUAGGCCGACCAUGGUAUGUUGCCUGAAGAUUACCACACUACUGAAGAUACUCGAGAUGGUGUUUUCCACAAGGUGGUCAGUGAAAACGGGCAUGGAUAUUGUCCAACUUACAACAAGGAUGUGCUUUGGAGCACGGUGUAUGGAGAUGCAUCUAAAGUCAUCACAGUCAGGAUCUCAGUCAUCGACUGUUGUUGAGAUCACCAAGCAGGUUCGUAUGGAGUUGAGACAAGAGCUGAGGGAUGAGAUUAGAGAGGAAUUGAGAGAGGAGAUGCGAGUAGAGCUUUCGACACAGAUACGAGUGCAAAUCACAACAAACAGGUACCGGAAGCAUUGAGUGGCCAUUGUGAACCUACGGAUUAUGAGGCCGAUGAGAACCCACGUACACCACCACCAGAUGAUGAGUUUACGUAUACGAAUAGUCCAAUUGGCGGAGGGACAUCUUAUUAUUGACGAUUCGUUGUGUGAAAUUGAUGGAGUUCCAAUUGGCCUUGAAUAUUGCAAAGUCUUUGUCUUAAAAGCGAAAAAGCUGAAUGCUCUUUUGGAAACAUCUUGAGGUCUAAGAACAGUUGGAGAAACUAUUGAAAGAUACAUUGUGUGGCGCUCGAUUAUUAUGCAACCCCUUUUGAGUACGUGGUGAUAUCUUUGCAUAUCAAUAUUGGAACUUAUUGUUGAUAUUAAAACAAGCUAUAAUAUAUAUUUUUUUAUUUGUAUUGUCGAUACUUUUGUUUUGUUUUAGAUGCAAAAAUUUGAGUUCUUGAAUAUAUCAAAAAUUUUAAGUA